AUGAUCUCUUCCUCUUCAGACUUCGAAAAACUCCAAUCUCCACAGUUCUCAAAUCGGCGGAAGCACUCCAUCUCCGCCAACAUCGUCCACUGGGCAGCUCACGUGAUCAGCGUCCUCAUAAUCUUCGGCCUAAUACUCAACCUUAUUUUGAGAGACAUCACGAAAGCAGACACAAAGCCAGAGCAUAAUACCAAAGCACAGGGUGUAUGGACACCAGCGGAUGACGCAUUGGGUGAUACAACGCACACAGAAAUUUUCCAGAACUCGUUUUGGGAAGACUCGCCGUACAAAGGCCCGCCAACCGAAGAGAUCCUCGCAAGAUGGCAUCACAUCACCCAUACCGGGCCGUUGAACAUCACGAGGGAGGAGAUGGAGGGGCUGGAGCUUUCAACGGAUGCGGUGCAGUAUCCGGAGGAGUUUGGCGGCGGCUAUGUAGCCUACCUCGAGUCCGCCCACCAACUCCACUGCCUCCAAGCCCUGUGGGAAGACCACCACUGGAACACUAAACCCCACCUCCGCCACCUCUUCCCAGUCCUCGCUACCAAACUCGCUACCGAGCCCGACAUCACCGAAGCUCACUUCGAGCACUGCGUCGAUGUGCUCCGCAACCGGCUUAUGUGCACUGCCGACGCCUCUUUGGUAACCUUCCGGUGGGUCAAGGGAGUUAGCGGCCCGUACCCGUACUUUAACACGAAGCAUGAGUGUAGGAGCUAUGAGGGGUUGCUGGGGUGGGAUCGGGAGAGGAGGCCCGGGGAUAAGUUUCCGGAUGGGUAUCCGUGGCCGAAGCCGGAUGGGGUGAGUGAGUUGGAGCGGGCGCCAUAG